GCUUAACAGUCUCGCUGUUUUAACUGCAUCAGAGUGCGCAUUCCGCUGUUCGCACUAUAGCAGUCUCGCACUGAAGGUCUUUAGUGCUAUCAAUGGCGUCAGACCUGUCGAAUGGUCGACUUGCGUGCACCCAUUGCCGCCGCAGAAAGGUCCGGUGUAAUCGCGCCCUACCGUCCUGCGAGCGAUGUCUACUCCAUCAGUUUCAGUGCUCCUAUCCCAAUAGACAGCGCAGAACCACUCGUAAAACAGUUCAGACGCAAGAACAGCAUGCUGUGUUACCACCUCUGAUAGAGCGACUUCGUGCUGAACAAGCUGAGAACGUAUCCGACGCCCGAGACACUAUUGACAACCCGGACAGAGACGGAUCCUCUGGUCCAAGAGCUGGGUCUCCUGCGUCGCGAGGCGUCAAUGUACCUCUAAAUGAGACCACAUUGGACGUCACAUCGAUCCUGAGCUCCGCCGUCGACAAAGUCCAGCAACUCAGAAAAAAGCAUCGCUUCGGAGUCAGAGCACUAACCCUGGAACCCAUCACCAUCUCGCCAGAACGAGCAAAGCAAUGGAUCUACCACUACUUCACCAACAUCGAAGGCAAGCUGCUACCUGCUUUGGUGGACCGUAAGCUCAUCGAUAUCAUGCCCGAUCUUAUUGACAUGGACCAUGUGCAUAUCGACCCCUGCAUGCUCAUAAUCUACUACUGCAUUCUCUGGCAAGGACUAUUCUUCCAUAAAGGAAGUCCCUUCAUCGGCAUCGACAACCAUGAUGCAAGACAGGUUUUUAUAUGCUGCAAACGCACAAUCCCAAUCUGGCAGCGAGAAGCCACAGGCACCGUCACCGACUUUAUUGCAGCCAUGUACAUGACCCAAACUGCAACGGAAAACUUCGACUUCGGCCUCUCCUGGGAAAUGCACAAACUCGCCUGCGAAUACGCCCAAACACUGCAAAUGCACAGUCUUGACAGCCUCGACCACCACCCAGGCGGCCUCUCAAUGAGCGACCACGACCGGAUGGGCAUGUGGUGGCUGAUCCACCUAGAUCUAUUCGCGCGGCUGAUCAACGACAAACCAGCCGUAUUCUCGUCGCAGCUCAACGAGUGGAGGGUGAACAUGCCGCGCCUUGCAGCGGAGUUCUCGCAGCGCAAUGGGGCAGUGCCAACGAUGGCGUUUCUCGUUCGAAGUCGGCUUACGUUUAUUCUGAUUAGCUACUUUCAAGCGUCGGAGGCGCUGAAUGACGAGUCGGAUAUACAGGCGGCGAUUACUCCGCUGUGUGAGGAUGUCGAGGGGAUAUUCGAGGAGUGGAAAAUGGAGGAAUGGCUGCAGAGUUACAAAAAUGACGAUAUCAAUGGGUGGAUCCUGAGUGACCUGGCAUUAUCUGGAUACACCUGCAUCCUCUUCAUGCUGCGCAAAGCAUCUCUCCCGCAAAGUAGCGAGCACAAGGCCAUGCUCUCAGACAACGACGAGAUGAUUCCCCGAAGCGAGCUGUCGAUGCGGACAUCGAGGAAGGUGCUCAAACUCGUGCACCACAUGAUUCAUGUUGUAACCCUGCCUGGGCCGGAGGCGAUGUCGCUCAUUCUGGGAACAUAUCGGGCGUAUAUUGCGCAUGCUCAUCUGGCGAGUGGCCUUAUUCAUGACCCGGCUGCACCUACAGUGGAUGAUGACAUGGGCCUUUUGCUAGAGGUUGCAGAAUGUAUAGAAGGGCUGGCCAGGGAAGUGAAUGAAUUUGUCCCUCUAGCAGGGGCUUUCAAGAUGGUUAACAACGAAGUAAGAAGAAAGGUACAGGAGGCAUCAGACGAAAUUGAUGGAGAUAUACAUUAAUUCCAUUAAACGAGCCCCGGCAAUUACUCCGAAUCUAGUAAAUAGUUAUCUUCCUCCAAUAAACACCGUACUAUAUAAACCACCCCCGCACGCAAUCAGCAGCUCUCCUUCCUCACGAUGACAUUCCAGUUAUUCCUAUUGAACGCCUGCCCACUAACCGUCCUCGCUUCGCCAAAUGGGCUUGACAUGCACUGGUUCAGGAUAGCCAUGGCCCCAUCGGCAAUGUUCGCGAAACUGGUGAGACUCUUCGUAAACGGAUCCUACAACCAUUAG